AUGUCUAAAGCUGUCGGUAUUGAUUUAGGUACCACCUACUCAUGUGUCGCUCAUUUUGCUAAUGAUCGUGUAGAAAUUAUUGCCAACGAUCAAGGUAACAGAACCACUCCAUCCUAUGUUGCCUUCACUGACACUGAAAGAUUGAUCGGUGAUGCUGCUAAGAACCAAGCUGCUAUGAACCCAACAAACACCGUUUUCGAUGCUAAACGUUUGAUUGGUAGAAACUUCACAGAUGCUGAAGUCCAAGGUGAUAUGAAACAUUUCCCAUUUAAAGUCGUCAGCGUUGAGGGUAAACCACAGAUUCAAGUCGAAUACAAAGGUGAAACUAAAACUUUCACCCCAGAACAAAUUUCUUCAAUGGUCUUGGGUAAGAUGAAGGAAACUGCUGAAGCUUAUUUGGGUGGUACAGUCAAUGACGCUGUCGUCACUGUCCCUGCUUAUUUCAACGAUUCUCAAAGACAAGCCACCAAGGAUGCUGGUACCAUCUCAGGUUUAAACGUUUUAAGAAUUAUUAACGAACCAACUGCCGCUGCUAUCGCUUACGGUUUGGACAAGAAAGGUACUGAAGAAAACGUCUUGAUUUUCGAUCUAGGUGGUGGUACUUUUGAUGUCUCUUUGUUGUCCAUUGAAGAUGGUAUUUUCGAAGUUAAGGCCACUGCAGGUGAUACCCACUUAGGUGGUGAAGAUUUUGAUAACAGAUUGGUUAGCCAUUUUGUUCAAGAAUUCAAGAGAAAGCACAAGAAGGAUUUGACUACAAACUUGAGAGCUCUAAGAAGAUUAAGAACUGCUUGUGAAAGAGCUAAGAGAACUUUAUCUUCUUCUGCUCAAACUUCUAUUGAAAUUGAUUCCUUAUACGAAGGUAUCGACUUCUACACCAAUAUCACUAGAGCUAGAUUUGAAGAAUUAUGUGCUGAUUUGUUUAGAUCUACUUUGGACCCAGUCGAAAAAGUCUUGACUGAUUCCAAAUUGGACAAAGCCCAAGUUCAUGAAAUCGUCUUGGUUGGUGGUUCUACCAGAAUUCCAAAGGUUCAAAAGUUGGUUACUGACUUCUUCAACGGUAAGGAACCAAACAGAUCUAUUAACCCAGAUGAAGCUGUCGCUUACGGUGCUGCUGUCCAAGCCGCUAUCUUGACUGGUGACACUUCUUCCAAGACCCAAGACUUAUUGUUGUUGGAUGUCACUCCAUUAUCUUUAGGUAUUGAAACUGCUGGUGGUGUCAUGACCAAAUUGAUCCCAAGAAACACUACUAUCCCAACAAAGAAAUCUGAAACUUUCUCCACUUAUGCUGAUAACCAACCAGGUGUCUUGAUUCAAGUAUUUGAAGGUGAAAGAGCUAAGACUAAGGAUAACAACAUCUUGGGUAAGUUCGAAUUAGCUGGUAUUCCACCAGCUCCAAGAGGUGUCCCACAAAUUGAAGUUACUUUUGAUGUCGAUUCUAACGGUAUUUUGAACGUUUCCGCUGUUGAAAAAGGUACCGGUAAGACUAACAAGAUUACUAUCACUAAUGAUAAAGGUAGAUUAUCUAAGGAAGAUAUCGAUAACAUGGUUGCUGAAGCUGAAAAGUUCAAGGAAGAAGAUGAAAAGGAAACUCAAAGAAUCGCUUCUAAGAAUCAAUUGGAAUCUGUUGCUUACUCAUUGAAGAGCACUGUUUCUGAAGCUGGUGAUAAGUUAGACGCUGCUGAUAAAGAAACUAUCACAACUAAGGCUGAAGAAGCCAUUGCUUGGUUAGAUAGCAACACCACUGCCUCUAAGGAAGAAUUCGAUGACCAAUUGAAGGAAUUACAAGAAGUCACAAACCCAAUAAUGACUAAAUUAUACCAAGCCGGUGGUAUGCCAGGUGCUGACGCUGGUGCGGGUGGUUUCCCAGGUGGAGCACCACCAGCCCCAGAAGCUGAGGGUCCAACUGUUGAAGAAGUUGACUAA